CUUCAGUCUUCGUGGAUGAGUUGGUUGGAUAGUCGCUCGGAUAGGCAAAAAGUAUCGCGGUCGUAAUUAUUAUAAAAAGUAUCGGGAACAAGUUUAAUGCGAAGAGGACAUUGUCGGGACGAAGGGAAGGGAAGGUGAAGAAAUCCCUUUUGAUUUCGUAUCACCGGGGAGGACAUCGCAUCGUAUCGUGAAGAAAAAGAGAGCGACAAGAAAAAUGCGAACGAACGAACGAAAGGUAUCGAAAGGUAUGGACGAGAGUAAUCCGCGCUAGCGCGAUCGAUCUCGAUCCUCGGCGAAUUUACCUCGUUCGAUCGAUCGAUCAAUCAAUCAAUCAAUCAAUCAAUCAAUGAGCAAGCGUGGCUCGAUGGGAAACGAGCGGCUGCUCAACGAUCCGCGUCUAUCCCCGAAGCCGUCUGAAAGGAGGAAUCAGUGAAAGAUAAAAAGAGAAGAGUAGAGGAAAGAAAUAAGAGCGAAAAGAAGAGAGACAGAGAGAGGAAUCGGGAGGAUCACGAGUGGGAAAUCGAAAAAGAAUUUCGCAACGAUGCGACUCGUUGACCAGCUUCUGCUUCUUUCCCUUCUUUUGCUGGGUAACCGGGUCGAGGCUAUUUUACCCAAGGUCGCAAACCCCUUGUCUUCCGUUUGGUGGAGUUUUUACUCCCGAUCUGCCACUACUACUGCCACCACCUCCUCGAAUUCCUUAUUUCCUAUCACCGCCACCACUACCGCUUCCACUUCUACUUCCAUAUCCCCCUCUUCAAAGUUCGAAGAAGAGAAUUGCGUUGGGUGUUCGACGCAAAACAAAAUUACCCUAUUGGUCAACGAUCCGAUUUUAACGGAGUUAAGGGUCGAGUACGUGAAACAGCAAAUUCUCAAGAAGCUACGACUCUCGAAGCCACCCGAGAUAUCCAUGUCGCUCUCGACCUUGCCGAAGCCUUUGAUAAAUGGUCGUGUGCUCGAACUUCGACCCGGUACACCACUCGAACCGGAAAGAUCGGUUGACAGUUUCUACGGAAAAACCGAUCAAAUUGUCGUUUUUCCAAACGAAGGAAUUGCCGAUUCGAAAAAAUGUCGACAGAAAUCGAACCACUUGACGGGCUUCAAUCCUGCCGCUUGUUUCACCUUUUACUUGCCAAACGAAAUGCAGUUUGUAGACGUGACUUCGGCACAAUUAUGGUUUUACAAAGAACACGACGAGAACGACGAUCUGAAUCAAACAUUCGUGCUUUCCGAACUUGAUCACUGGGAUCUGGACAGAAGUUUCGAAAAGAACACGAUCGUAGCGAUUUUCGAAACAGAUAUCGGAGAGGGAUGGGUAAAAGCCGACGUGAGCUUUACGCUGAAGAAGUGGGUGGAGGAACUUCGGUUGAACCAAGCGAUUCAGAUAGCCUGUAGCACCUGCUCUAUUGACCGAGACACCGCACCAGUUUCUAUUCAGCAGACUUUGAAACCUUUUCUGGUGAUACACACGUCGCCAUUGCCGCAGAAAAACAGACCUAAGAGAAACUCAAAUUGCCUGCCGGAAAUGAAAGAAUGCUGCAGAGACGAACUGUACAUCAAUUUCGAAGAUAUCGGUUGGAACGACUGGAUUCUUCAUCCGAGCGGCUAUCACGCAUACUUUUGUCGAGGCUCUUGUUCCUCCGCAGCAUCUUUGACCAUCACCGGAUCACCCUACAGCAACGUAAUCAGAAGAGGAGAGAGAAGAGAGAAGAUGAAGGAUGACACCUUCCUCCGUUCUUUGUGUUUUUUUUUUUUUUUUGAUUUCAGAAAUUGUUGGCUAGAAACGGUAACACGAUGCAUCGUAAAGGCGAAAUCGUUCCGUGUUGUUCGCCCACCCAAUUAUCACCGAUUCAGCUGCUCUACGUCGAUUCUAACAAUACGAUUACGCAAAAAACAUUGCCAAACAUGGUGGUAGAAGCCUGUGGUUGUAUGUGAUUCGUUUUUUUUUUAAACAACGAUCGUAUCUUUUUCGAAUGCUUUCAACACCUUGUUCGCUAGUUGAAUUACGAUAUUAUCGUUAAAGACAUUUCAAGUAUCAAAGACAUUUCGGUAAAUGUAGAGAGACGCGAGUGUACGAGCAUACACGUAUGCAUAAUACAGUUUGCACAGGCGGCCGCGGCCGUGCGAACGAGCGAAACAGUAUUCAUCUUCUAUCUACGUACAUAAGUAAGUACUUACGUGUAUGUAUAUACGGUUGCCGUCGAACCGUGCUCCUUUAACCUGGCAACCGUUUUACAUUUAACAUGAAUGUAAUCUACCAGAAAUGUAAUCGUGCUCGUCGAUCAAAUUUAUUUAUUAUUCGAUCAAAUUCACCUUCAUCGUACCUAAGUAUCUACCUUUUUAUACAUUCGAACGGAUCAGUCGACCAGAUUUAUAAUUUCUCUCUUGCUGGGCUACAUAUUACUUACGUUUCUUCUAUGAAUGUGGUUUCUCCAAGAAAUGGCACAGAAGAAAAGAGCACAGGUAGUAGAUCCUCCGAGAAACAUUCUGCGCUUUCUUGCUUUACCUAUUACCCUAUGAAAUAACAAAUAUAUUUUUUCAAAUCAAA